GGCGGCGGCGCCGACAGGCCAGCUCCAGGGCGCCGCUGCCACUUCUGCGGCCGCCGAGGGUUGGGGCGGGGAAAGUGGAGCAGCCCGCCCGGCCGGAGGCUACAGGACAGCUGUGCGCCGAGCCGAGCCCGCGGCGGGACGGGUCGGAGGGACGGCGGCGACGCCCAAGAGAUUGCUCAGUGUUGAGCUCCAGGAUUUGCUUUGGGCCCAGGUGAAUUGAUGGAGCUUUGCCAUGUGGAAGCCACAUAACCACACACCUGCACACACUGGGAGGGAAGGGGAGGAAGACCGACUUCCUGCAGCCCUAACCUGAGAAACCUGGAAAUUCAAGGACCCUCUUGCCACUGUACCUAGAGGCUGGAUGCACAGAAAUGCACCAGGUCAUGCCUUGGCCACAGCUGCCCCUCAGGAGAAUGGCUUGGAGCCAAAGUCACGCCAGCAGGCUGCUUGCCAAGGGCGGAGCAGCAGCGACUUGCCACUUUUCCUCCUGAGCCCAGCCUGGGUGUCCACCUGGCACUCCGCACGAGCACGUCUCUUCCUCCUGGAGCAGCCUGACCCAGAGGCCUGGGCUUCAGAGAGAGCUCCGGGAGAGUUCAGUCCUGGUGGGCUGCCUCCCCGAACCCAGGUGUGCAAAGGGACACGGGCCUUCCUUACGAUUCUGCAAAGACUUGAAGAAAUUGACAAACUGGGAUGGCUACCCUUGACAGGAGAGUGGUCUCUAGACCCCAGAGAUCUGGCCAGGGUCCAAAGGAGAGUGGGGCCUGCAUGGGUCCCCAGGACAAUUUGGAAUGCAAGGAGACCCAGGAGCUGUCCAUGCUGAGCAAGGCACAGGAAUUCUUUCAGACCUGUGACACAGAAGGCAAGGGCUUCAUCGCCAGGAAGGACAUGCAGAGGCUCCAUGAGGAAUUGCCUCUCAGCCUGGAGGAAUUGGAGGAUGUAUUCGAUGCCCUGGAUGCUGACGGCAAUGGCUUCCUGACACCAGAGGAGUUCACCACUGGAUUUAGUCACUUCUUCUUCAGCCAGAACAAGCCAGGUCAGGAAGAUGCAGGGGAACAGGUGGCCCCGCUGCAGGAAGAGAAGGUGUACCAGUCCAGAGGGGAAGAGCAUGUGGGCCACAUGGAUGACGAUGAGGAGACCCAGUUCCAAACACUGAUGGACAAACUUGGAGCCUCGAGGGUUUUGGAAGAUGAAAGUGAUAUCAAGCAACUCUGGCUGCAACUGAAGAAGGACAAACCUCACUUACUGUCCAGCUUUGAGGAUUUCCUGACCAGGACCUUCUCCCAACUCCAAGAAGCUCACAAUGAGAAGAAUGAACUGGAGUGUGCCCUGAAAAAGAAAAUUGCUGCUUAUGAUGAAGAAAUCCAGCAUCUCUAUGAGGAAAUGGAACAGCAGAUAAAACAUGAGAAGGAACAGUUUCUCCUGAAAGACACAGAGAGAUUUCAGGCCCACAGUCAGGAGCUGGAGAAGAAAUUAUUGUCGAAGGAGCAGGAGCUGGAGCAACUUAUCCAGAAGCAGAAGAGGCUGGAAGGCCAGUGCACCAUGCUGCAAAAUGAUGAGCAUGAAACCAAGGCUGAGAAUACCAAGCUGAAAGUCACAAACCAGGAGCUGGCUCUGGAGCUGGAGCGGACCUCCCGGGAGCUACAGGAUGCCCAGCAGCAGCUGGAAAGCCUCCAACAAGAGGCCUGCCAACUCCACCAGGAGAAGGAGAUGGAAGUGUACCGCGUGACAGAGAGCCUGCAGCGUGAGAAGUCGGGACUCCUGAAGCAGCUGGAUUUCCUGAGGGAAAGAAACAAGCACCUUCGGGAUGAACGGGACAUACAUUUUCAGAAAGAUAAGGCGGCCAAGGCAAACACAGCUGCUUCCAAAGCAAACUGGAAACAGAGAUCUGGCUCUGUGAUAGGCAAAUAUGUGGAUGGCAGAGGGAUCCUUAGGAGCCAGUCAGAGGAGGAAGAAGAUGUAUUUGGCCUCUCCAGGAGGAGAAGCUCCCUAGGCCUGAGUGGAUAUCCCUUUCCAGAAGAGGAGCCAGGGGCUGGGGGUCCAUUCCCCCGGGCAUUCCGCAGAAUCAUCUCCAUUGAAGAAGACCCCCUUCCCCAGCUCCUGGAUGGCAGUUUCGAGCAGCCAUUGAGCAAAUGUCCAGAAGAGGAAGAGGUCUCCCAGCAGAGGGUGCAAGGACAAAGCCAGCAGACCAGACCUUUGGAACCCAUGCCUACCUCUCCUCGUGGGCAACCUGUUGGAAAAGAAGCCUUGUCUAAAGAGGAAGCCCCUCUCUCCAUCCCAGACCGGCUCUUCAAAAUUGUGUUAGUGGGGAACUCUGCUGUGGGGAAGACGUCCUUCCUAAGGAGAUUCUGCGAGGACCGGUUUGCCCCAGGCUUGGCAGCCACUGUGGGCAUCGAUUAUCAGGUGAAGAUGGUACGUGUGGAUGACUCAUAUGUGGCGCUGCAGCUAUGGGACACAGCAGGUCAGGAGAGGUACCGCUGCAUCACCCAGCAGUUCUUCAGGAAGGCAGAUGGCGUCAUCGUCAUGUAUGAUGUCACAGCCAGACAGUCAUUCCUAUCCAUCCGGCAGUGGCUGAGCAGCGUGGAGGAAGCUGUGGGAGACUACAUUCCUGUUCUUCUGCUGGGCAAUAAAGUUGACAAUGAGAAAGAGCGGGAAGUUCCCCGAGGCCUUGGAGAACAACUUUCCAAGGAGAACAAUCUGAUCUUCUAUGAAUGCAGUGCCUAUUCCGGUCACAACACCAAAGAGUCUCUGCUCCAUCUAGCCAGGAUCCUCAAGAAACAGGAAGAUACAGCAAGGGAGGACACAAUACAGGCUGACCGCCCUGCCAAAAAGAAGUCUUGCUGUGGCUGAUGAGAGUCCUCCUAGGACUGCUCCAUGCAGAAUUCCUGUGAUGCAUACGUUGGCAUGCCUGAUGGUGCCCCUCAGGUUUCUGAGGUUUUGUUCAUUUUUUCUUCAUUACGUUUUGUGUUCCCUACACUGGAUAUUCUAUAGCCCUAUCUUCAAGUUCACUGAUUCUUUCUUCUGCCUGCUUAAAUAUGCUAUUGGGAACUUUUCAUUCCCAUUAUUGUACUUUUCAACUCCAGAAUUUCUAUUUGGUCUCUUUCAUAAUUUUUAUAUCUUUGUUGAUUCUAUUUGGUGGGGCAUUGUUCUCAGACUUUCCUUUGGUUCAUUAGAAAUGGUUUCCUUUAGACCUUUGAACAAACUUAAAAUAGCUGGUUUAAAAUUUCAAAGACCUCGCAUUGCUAGCUAUCUGUACUGUGCGCAAAUCAAGUUCUACUUACUAGUCCUUUCUUCCUCCCUCACACUUCACACAACAUAGCCAGGACUUGUCUCAUGCUUUAGCCCCACUUCUAACUUCCUCCCUAAAGCCUUUCCUGUCUUCUGUGUUGGAUGACUGACGUGAAACUCAGAAAUCCUUCAGAUCUGAGAAACAACCCUUCCCCCUUGAGCUUCUGGAUAUCCUGCUGGAGAUGAGCUGCCCAAGGUAAUGUCCACCUCCUUGAGAAAGUGAAAGGAAGCCAGACAUCCUCAGGCAGCAUUCGCUUUUCUGCCAGGAAGCCAGACAUUCCACAGUUUCACUCCAAAGGGAUAGAUGGGGGAAUACUACAGAUCAGAAGUGUUUAAUUACUUCAAAAUGAUGAAAUCACAGUACACAAACAUACAGAAACAAAUAUUUAAGUAAUUUCUUGCUGACUGGGCUUAGGAGCACUGUCACCUCUCCUCUCAUUAUUUGGGGAAAAGAAAUUGGCUACACAAAUUCUAACCAAGUUCAGUCAAAAUCUUUAAGAUUUUACUUUAUUAGUUAUUUCUUCCCUUCUUAUCUGGGUGUGUGUGUGUCAGGGUGAGGGGUAGGGAUGAUGAUGGUUGACAUGAUGUAGGAUCUUUCUAAACCUUUCCCACUUCCUAACUCUAUUAAUAUUCCUAAUAAUAAAUAUGCUAAUUAUCAGCAGUAGCAGUAACAAAGAACAUCAUAACUCCAACUUUCAUACAGUUCAGUGGAACCAGUUGCAGUGAAGUGCCCUACUUAGGAAGAACCUUGCUGGAAAUGAUGGGGGUUGGGAAACCAUAUGGUGCUUGGCUGAGGACCUGAAACCAAUAGAAACUGAGAUGGAUUUGGUGAGGUUGUAUCGUUUAUCAUCCUAGGGAAGGACUGAGUCAAGUCCAAGAAUGAGCCCCUCUCUCAGAGCUGGAACUUCAUCAGCUCUUUGGCUCUGAUUCAGAAGUGGUACUUGCAGGCUCUUGACAUGCACCAGGAGACUCUCCUCCCAGCAAAUGAGGACUCCUAGGGCCAGUGAGGCAUAUGUCAUCAUAAUGAAUUAUGACUGGAUCCAUCUGACCUAUAAAAGUAAAUGCUACCCAUGAAAACAUUGCACUACUAAGCAAAAAUGCCCAAAAACAUGGACAGAGGGAAUGGGCUUUUAUUUUUAACUUGGAAUUUAAACAUGUAGAGCUCAAGGAGCCUCAUAAUGCAUUUAAGUAAGAUGACUAUGUAUCUAGAAUUCAUUGAGCGUGUGUAGCACCAGGUCAAGGACAGAGUGUCAGGGUAUGAUUUAACAUCCAGUCCAUAGGCUCCCCAAGGCCAUUCUGUAAUGAUAUUGUAUUGUACUUAUUUAUACACACUGCCCACAGGGCUUGUAAUGAGUGAAAUGCACUGGACUGAACUCCCGAGGGCAGGAGCAUUCAUCUCUGCCUCAUGUUUGGCAUAGUGUCUGGCAAACAAUGUUUGCCUUAUAGGAACAGUUGAGAAUAGAGCAUCAUUUCUCAAGAACAAGGCCCAGCACUUGGUGAGCCACUCCAAUGGAGCCUCAGUUCCCAGAGGCUGGAUGACUGGAUCUCUGUAGUCUGGUGGACCCAUGGGGUUCCCUCACUGCUUCAAAUGAUUUGCUGCUUCUGGCUCUUAAAACGAGUGCUGAGAAGCAUUCCAGCUGCUGUGAUUCAAUUGCAUUUCAGACAGUGUGAUGCCCAUCAAAGCAUUCCAUCUCAUCACCCUGCAGCCUCCCCAGCUGUUGCUAGUAGCAAUCCAUUACCCUCAGGCAGCUCAACAACUCAAUUUGACUUGGGCUCCAUGCCUUUGUGUAUAAAGAUGCCUCCCUGCUUGGUUCUCUUCCUUCCAGAUAUAGAACAGACCAUCUUUACCAGGCUGUGCCUCUCCCAGAUGUUUUCUGUAACCUCUAAAGAUCAGCUCAGAAUACAAACCUGCACACAAGUUGUGUGGCCUUAGGCAAAAUCUGGAACUGCUUGGGUGUUCUGAACCCUAGCUUCCAAAUCUGUUAAAAUAGAAUUCCCUGUCCUACUGUCUGCUAGUGUGAAGGUCAAACAAGAACUCUAGGGAAAGGGUUUAGUCAACUGAAAGCCUCUAGACAAAUGUUAGUUAUUACAUCAUCUUCUAUCUCCCUGUGCAAAAGACCAAACAAAAUAAGAAACAAAGUCCCACACUUCUUGGUAACCAGAAUCUGGGGCCCUAGGUAAAAGCAUCUCCCAUUUCCCUGGGCUAGUAGAAUAAGGAAAAUUUGCAUUCCUUCAAGCUACAGAUUCCUGUCAAAGAAUGCUUUGUCAUCUUUCCACUCUGCCUUGAAAUAGGGCAGGGUCCCACCAUCGCAGACUACGAGGUUCUCACUGACAGGGUUCUUGUCUUACUCAUUUUUCUAUUUACGUAAUAGAUAUGUUGUUGUCCAGUCAAGACUUCAACAGUUCACUCCUAAUUGAACUACCUUUACACAUAUGGUUUAUAGACUCUUUCACUUUGGGAUGGUGAAAAGCUCUGGAGUUGGAGGAGAGUGAUGGUUGCACAGAAUAUUGUGACUGCACACAAUGUCACUGAAUUGUGCAUUUGUAAAUGGUUAAAAUUGCAAAUUUUACAUUUUGUAUAUUUUACCAUAAUAUAGUUUUUUCAGAAAACACUUUCAUAAACAUUUUUAUUCCAUGAAUGAAUAUAAGGUUGGCUCUCUUCAAUGCCUAGCGACUGAGGAUCUAAGGUAUUUGUCUCAGGCUGUAUCAGAGUUAAGGGAGCAAGAAAGGAAGACAAGCUUACUUAAUGCCCUUGAUGCAUUAGUGUACUCAAGGGGGAGGAAACACCUGGAAACCCACAAGUAUACACCAGCAUUCCAUAAAAAUGCCAUCACCCUAAGACUCCCUUCCUUUAAGGGCCUCAACCAGCCCCACUCAACCUUGGAUUCGACUGGAGAAGGACUCUCAGGGCUCCUGGCACUUCUACCCCUACACUUCUCUUUAUGGGUUUGGCUCCAUUCCUUGUAGAAAAGCUCCUGGGGACAGGACCUUCAUAUCCUAUGUGCCAACAGGAGGGGCUAACCUGGUCUCAGAAUGUGGGCUGAAUAACAGUGUGCUGAAUGAGACGAGAAAAAAAAAAAAUGAAUGACAAGUCUUUUGUAACUCCUGAAAUUUUGUUGCAUUGACUACAGCAGGAAAUACACUCAUUAGCAUCCAGAAAUACUUUGGUUUAGAAAGAUCUAUGCUAUAAUCACUUAUGGUAAGGAGACUAGGGACAAGCAUAGGAGGGCUGGAGUAGGAGAGGACCCAAAUACUGUGUUCCAUGAUGAAGGGCCAACUUGGGCAUUACACUCACUCUGAAUGACUCAACAGGGCCAGAUUAGGACCACCCAGCACAGAACAUGGGGAUUAUGAUCCAUCCUAAGGAAGUAUGUUCCAGUGAGCACUGCCCAGCAAUGGAAUAGGCUGCCUCACCAGAUAGUGAGCCCCUAACACUGGAGGUAUUCAAGCAGAUGUUGAACACUCUGUUCUUAGGAUUCCCUCUACCUCUACCCCACCAACCCUGAGAGUCUGGGAUUGUUUUGAAGUGAGACUGAAGUAAAAGUAUACUAGUAUAAGAUGUGCCAGGGAGUCUAGAUGAGUUGACCAAGAAGCAUCCCUGGACCAGGAGAAUGUUGAGCCGGUCCAUUUCUCCAGUUGGUUUUGCCACUCACCCUUCUCUAUGUUCUCCCCUGCCCCACGUUUCCCUCCCUUUCCAGUUUUCUUCAUCUCUCUUUCCACCAUCCACUCCCCAUGCUCCCACUGCCCAGAAGUAGAAAGCACCUGGCCUAAAAGUCUUCCCGUUCUUCCACAGCUUGCCUGGCAUGGGGAGAGGUGCUGCAUCUUUGCCAGCGUCCUGCCAGCUCCUCUAUUGUGGCAAGUGAAAUUACCAGCUUCACACUGCGGGUCUAUUUAAAUCAGCCUUUCAUGUCUGAUGGAUUUAAAAAUAUGCUAGAAGUCAGCAUCUUAAAUACAAGAAACACAAACAAGCAGAUGAGGCUGCGUUUUCCUCCCUCUGUGCCCAUCCCACCCUCUUCCCUUCCUCCCACUCUCUCCUGCCCCCUCCCAAGGCAGUUUUCAUUCACGAGGCCCAUCUCCCCCUCUCCCCACCCUUCUCUGUCUCUAGCUGGCACAGCAGUCUUCAGCCUGAGCAGUGGCUGGGAACCCCAGAGUCUAGGUUCCCUCUUCAACUCUGUGGGACACGAACAAGGCCCCCCAGCAUGAAUGCUGGCACCCUCACUCCCCACAUGGUGUGGUGGCGGUGGCGGGUUGUCUUCUGCACUGACUGUCGUGUGCAAAGGUAGCCCCAGACUGAACCCAGGGCAGGCUCACCAACCUGCCUCCUGUCACAGAUGGGGAGGCUGUAGCCCAGGCAGGAGGGAUGACUUGCUGUGAUGCUGGCUCCUGGCCCACUGCCCUGGCAGGGCACAGCCCACCUUCCCAAGCGUGUGUGUUCAGUUUUUCAGGAAGGCCAUUUGUUAGCCCAGAGCCCCACAGCUCCCAGUAACCCACCUGUGAGAGUUUCUCAGGCUCCAGUCACAGCAAGGGUACCUGUCUGUCCCCGGAUACUGAGUGGGGAUGACCUGGGGCCAUGGCCCACUUUGGUUGACCCAGCCCAAUUUUCUCCAGCUACAAUUUAAGUCAUUCUCCCUAAGCUCUAUCAUCUCUUUGAGACUUGAUAAGUGGUCCCCGCAGCAGGUCCUCAGCCCAUGGGCCGCUGGUCAGCUCCAGAGUUGCAGUGAGGAGACUAGGAGAGGCUGCCUCACCUGGAAGUGGCUCUACUGCUCUGUCCGUGGCUCGGGUGAGGUGGUCGUUCCACCUGGUGGUCCUCAACCUUGGAUGUCUACUGGAAUCACCUGGGCAGUUUUUCCUUACUAGUUUAUUUAUUCUACUUCUACUUGUCUUAUUGCUAAAAAUAAUGCCAAUCUUCACCCCCCCCACACACACCAGAAUUUCUGAUGUAAGUAGAAGUUAAAAGAGCUUUAAAACUUUUGCUUAAUAUUACUAUUAUUAGCAAUAAAAAUAAUGGAAUGGAAUAAUGUGAAAAA